AUGGCCGACAAGCCCGGACCGUCCCUCGCCGUCGACGACGCCGAAGCCGAAGCCGCACACAAGCCCUCCUCCCCCUCCUCCCCCUCCCAGGCCGCCGGCGUCAGCCGCGUCGAGGCCUUCAACCGCGUCCUCUACCAGUCCGGCCGCGCCGGGCAGAUCCUCCUGUGGCUCCUCGGCCUGUCCAUCGGCCUCACCAUGUUCGCCUACGCGCUCGACCUCGGCAUCACCACCACCGUCUUCACCACCAUGGCCUCCUCCACCUUUCGGCAGCACUCGCAGCUCGGCGCCGUCGCCGUCGCCAGCCAGGUCAUCCGCGCCGUCAGCAAGCCCUUCAUCGGCAAGCUCGCCGACAUCACCUCCCGCCCGACCACCUACCUCGUCGUCCUCGCCUUUUACGCCCUCGGCUUUCUUGUGGCCGCCACCUCUUCCACCUUUGCCGCCUACACGGUCGGCAUCUGCUUUACUGCGGUCGGCAAGUCCGGCUUGGAUUUGCUGAGCGACGUGAUUGUCGGGGACCUGACGCCGCUGGAGUGGCGCGGGUUCUUUGGUGCCGUGCUGUCGCUGCCGUUCGUGGUGACGGUGCCAAUCAACGGGUUCAUAGGGGCGGCGAUGGUGGAUAGGUGGCGCUGGGGGCUGGGCAUGUUUGCGAUUGUGAUACCGGUGCUGCUGGCCCCGGCGAUCGUGACGCUCUACGUGAUGCAGCGGCGCGGCGAGAAGCUGGGGAUGGUCACGAUGGCGGCAUCGAAGCGCGUCCGCACGGGGACGGCCACCGAGGCGGAGCUCCCAGGCACCAGCGGUCGCGUGGCACACUGGCUUCAUCUCUUACGGGGCGGACUCAUCGACAUUGACAUCAUCGGCCUCAUCAUCCUCGGCGUGGCCUUUUCCCUCAUCCUGCUUCCCUUCUCCAUCGCCAAGAGCACCGUCGGCGGCUGGGGCAGUCCCCGCAUCAUCGCCAUGCUCGUCGUCGGCUUCUUGCUCCUCGUCGUCUUUGGCCUGUACGAAAGGUUCCUGUCGCCCAAGCCCGUCAUGAGCCCGCGCAUCAUGGACAACCGGACCUUUGUCGCCUCCGCCGUCAUCUUCACCUUCAACCAGAUGGCCUCCUCCGUCCGCAACACGUACCUGGCCUCGUACGUGUACAUCAUCAAGCAGUGGACCGAGUACCAGUGGAUCAUCUUCCUCGGCAUCACCACCAUGGGCCUGUGCCUUCUCGGCCCCAUCGUCGGCCUCGUUCAGCGGCGCACCCAUCGCUACAAGUCCCUCAUGGUCUUUGGCGCCGCCGCCAAGAUUGCCGGCUACGGCCUCCUCAUCGACGGCGGCAGCGGUAGCAUGACGCAGGAUACGGCGCGCCUUGUCGCGGCUCAGCUUGUGUACUGCCUCAGCUCCUUCAACGUCGUCGGCGCCCGCGUCGGCAGCCAGGCGUCGGUGCCGCACGAGGACAUGGCCUCGAUGAUCUCGCUGCUGACGCUGUGGUCGACGCUGGGCUCGUCGGUCGGGAGCGCCAUCGCCUCGGCCAUCUGGACCAACGAGAUGCCGGGUCGCUUGCGGCGGGAGCUGCCCAACGUGGACGGGAAGACGAUUGCGAAGAUUUACGGCAGCAUCAAGAAGCUGCGUCAUGACUACGCCUUUGACGACCCUAUCCGGCAGGGCUCGAUCCGCGCGUACGCCUACGUAAACGGACACAUUGCCGUCACUGCGCUCGUUCUCGCCGCUCCGCCGUUCAUCGCCUGCUUCUUCAUGCCUGACUUUUAUCUGGGUAAGCAGCAAAACGCAGUCACCAACACCGGACUCAACGGCGAGAAAGUUGAGGUGCCUGUACAAGAGGGUGAGCAUGUUGUCAACGAUGACGCGCGUAUGCCGUUCCAUCGCCGAUGGCUAGCAGCGUACCGAAAGGCAUAA